CCGAAAAGGACUGAAUCCCACCAUUUCAGACCGGAAUCCUAUCGCGAAGACGCCUCAGCCGCUGCAAAUAUAACCGAUCCAGACGCUAAACUUCAAUUCUACCAGGAUAUAGCCAGCGGAGCCGAAUCCGGAUGGGAUUUCUCUAUUCGUUGGUUCGCCGAUAAAGUCUCGCUCAACUCCAUUGAAACCACUAACGUGGUCCCAGUUGAUCUCAACGCUUUCAUCUGUUACAAUUUACACAUUCUAGGAGCUUUACACGCUGAAGUCGGAAAUGAGCAUAAGAGCUCGUCUUGGACUGCACAAUAUAUCAAAUUCCGUGGAGAUUUCGAAAAGAUCUUUUAUGUGAAAGAAGCCAAAGGCUGGUAUGACUACAACCUCCGCACAAAACAACACAACACCGAUUUCUAUGCAUCGAUUGCUGUUCCUCUAUUCACACAAUGUUACGAACCACUCAGCUUGUCAAAAAGCGAUGAUUUAUAUGACAAAAUGGAAGAAAUGGGUGUGUUCAGCUACGUAGGAGGAAUUCCCACAAGGAUGCAACAAAAAUCAUUCCUCCUUGCUGAAAAAUGGAUUCUUUCCAAUCUUCACGUGUUUGAGAGCGAUCAAGUUAUGUGGGAGAAGUACGACGUGGUCUCUGCAAGUCCACGACUUGGAGGAGGUGGCGAGUACCUCGUA